CCCUCAAACUUCACUAGUCUUCGUAUUAGGGUUUCCGCCUCCCACCAUCACAAAAGACUCCAGUGCCGCCGCCGCAGCAGCUUCAUUCGUUCGGAAAUGGUGAAGGGUCGUCAGGGAGAGCGCGUCAGGCUCUACGUCCGUGGCACCAUCCUCGGAUACAAGAGGUCGAAGUCGAACCAGUACCCAAACACGUCGUUGAUUCAGAUCGAGAAUGUGAACACCAAGGAGGAGGUGGGCUGGUACGCCGGGAAGCGUCUGGCUUACAUUUACAAGGCGAAGGUAAAGAAGAACGGGAGCCACUACCGUUGCAUUUGGGGAAAGGCGUCUAGGCCUCAUGGUAAUACCGGUGUUGUUCGCGCCAAGUUCACAUCCAACCUUCCACCCAAGUCCAUGGGAUCCAGAGUCAGGGUUUUCAUGUACCCCAGCAACAUUUAAGGGGUGAGGCUAAUGUAGAUGACCGAUUGGAUUUGGACUGCCGCAGCUGUUUUUUUGCUUUUAUGUUGUUUAGAUUUGAACCUUCAAAAACUUAAUGUACUGAGGAAUCUGAGUUAUUUAUCUAAACGUUUGUUAGACU